CGAAAACUCCCAUCUUGGCACUGAGUACUGACUGCCGCCGGAAGGAGACGAACCCAGAACCCUCCCCGGCGAACUCAUUCGCCGCCGCCACCGCCGCCGCCGGGGAUAUGGACUUCCAGGUUGUCGUCCUCGCCGGAGGCACUUCCGAGAAGCUCUCGCCCCUCGUCUCCAAGGACGUCCCCAAGGCCCUCCUCCCCGUAGCUAACCGCCCGGCGAUCUCCUACGUGCUCGAUCUCCUCGAGUCCAGCGACCUCAAGGACAUCAUCGUGGUCGUGGAGGGACAAGAGGCGGCUCGCCUCGUCGGAGCGUGGAUCUCUAGUGCAUACUUGGACCGCCUCCUCGUGGAGGUAGUUGCAGUUACUGAGGACAUUGGAACUGCUGGUGCAUUGCGAGCUAUUUCAAAGAGGCUGGUCGCGAAUGAUGUUUUGGUGAUUAGCGGUGACCUAGUAACCGAUGUGCUUCCUGGAGCUGUUGCUGCUACCCAUAGAAGAAAUGGUGCAGCUGUUACUGCUUUACUGUGUUAUGUUCCUGUUAGUGGUCCUUCAGAUGCUGCUUCUUCAGGAGGGAAAGAUAAGGCUAAAAAACCAUCGCGAUUGAACAUAGUGGGGCUUGACAUAACAAGGCAAUUCUUGUUGCAUAUUGUAUCAGGAACUGAUGUUGAAAAGGAUGUUCGAGUUUAUAAGAGAAAAAUACGAGCUGUAGGUCAGAUGGAAAUUCGAAGUGACCUGAUGGAUGCCCAUCUUUAUGCCUUCAAUAGGACAACAUUGCAGGAUGUACUGGAAAAGAAAGAAACAUACCGUAGCAUUAGACUUGAAGUCCUCCCAUACUUAGUGAGGAGCCAGUUGAGAUCAGCUCCAUCAGGAGGUGAAGGAACAAUAGUUGAUGAAACUGGGAAUGUUAUAGUUCCGCCCAACAGUAAUUUACAGUGCUUGUCACAACAUCGUGCAAUUGCACCAUCUGCUUUCAAGCAAGAUUUACUAUCAAGUUCAGGUGGUGAGACACAUAGGUGUUGUGUCUACAUUGCUGGUAAAAACAAGUACUGCCACCGUUUGAACUCCAUUCAGGCGUACUGUGAUAUUAACCGAGAUGUUAUAGGGGAAGCUAGUCAUCUCUCUGGUUAUUCCUUCUCUUCACAUAAUAACAUCAUCCACCCAUCCUGUGUGCUUGGAUCGAAGACUACAGUCGGGCCACAAUGCAUGCUUGCUGAGGGUUCACAGUUAGGUGACAAAUGUAGUGUCAAGCGAUCUGUGAUAGGCCGUCAUUGUCGACUCGGUUCGAAUGUGAAGAUUGUCAAUUCUGUUGUCAUGAACCAUGUGGUUAUUGAAGAUGGCUGUCACAUUCAAGGCUCUGUUGUAUGUAAUAAUGUGCAACUUCAAGAGCGUGCUGUUUUGAAAGAUUGCCAGGUUGGAGCUGGUUAUACUGUGACCACUGGUAGUGAUCACAAAGCAGAAUCUCUAGCAAGAAAGUAGAGGAGGGCGUUCUGAUAGUUUUGCGGUGGGCUUUUAGAAAUGUUUGUGCAUACCAGAUGCACCCCUAUGAGUAAAGAAAGGGGAUACAGUUCGGCUUUCAGAUUUUUUGCAAUUACUCGUUUGAGAUAUGAUAGCACAAUUUUGGUUCCGGUGUAACAUUCUGAAAAUUUUGCGUGCUCUGAAUUUGAACUGCAGUUAGUGAGACAGUUUCUUCGCGUGAAUCCUUUUCUCUUAGAUGGAUUCAUGGCGCGUUUUGAA